AUGUUUCGUUGCGCCACAACGUUCGCCUUCUUGCUUUGUCUCCUGCUAAGCUCGUUCGUCGAUGCAUUUCUCAACGCAACAGAAACCAAUGGCACUCUGUCGCUCCAAAAUGACCGUGUGUUAUUCGUAAUGAACAAGACCAACAGCUAUAUCGACAUAGUUACUUUCGAUGGUAUAAAUGUUCUUGGUACUCCUGUAGAUCCGACGAGUGCCAUAGGGCCAUACAUGGAUGCCAUCUUGACUCCAAAGCAAGACAAUUACGUUCCCGGUAUAACCGCCAACUACACCAUAUUGCAGGGCGUGGACUCCUUCGGCGUCGCGUAUGGCGGAAUGAUCAUGAGUCAAACAGCACCAGAGGGAGUCAUAGGCGAAGUUCUUGAGCAGUACUGGUUUUUACGUGAGACGGAGACAAGCCUACACGCCUUUUCUCGGAUCGCCUAUCAUAAUUCGUCGGUCCCGUUCCUCGCGGACCUGCAGGAUAUUCGCACCCUGUUCCGGCCUCAUGGACCCAUGUUCACUCAUUUGAGCACCAACAAGGACUUCUUUGUACCUCAGCCUAGGCCAAACCCUGCUGUCGAUUCGACCAAAGAUCUUGGCGUUGCUACUUUGGUACAAGAUACAACUUGGUAUAUAGGAAAUCGCACGAACGAUCCUUUUGUUGAUCAAGUCGGCGACUAUUUCACCAAAUAUUCCAUGGCCGAUACGUAUAGAUAUCACACUGUCCACGGUCUUUUCGCCGACGGUACCUACACACCUGAUAACAGUACUAUAGGUGCAUGGACAAUCUUCAACACAAAAGACACUUUCUUUGGAGGUCCAACCUAUUCCGACCUGGUCGUUGACGGCUUAUUAUACAAUUAUAUCAUGUCUAAUCAUCAUGGAAAUCAGACCCCCAAUAUCACCGAUGGUUUCGAGCGGACCUGGGGUCCAGCAGUGUUUCAUCUCAACCAUGGACCCGUGAAUGGCAGUCUGCAGCAGCUCCAAGAAGAAGCUGAACAAUUCGCCAACAGCUCUUACGCCCAUCAGUUUUAUGACGAUAUCGCUCGAUACAUCCCGGGUUAUGUGACCACUUCGAGUCGGGGUUCUUGGACAGCGCAAUUGCAGCUUCCGACAGGGGCAAAAAACACGAUAGCCAUUCUCAGUGCUCCUGGGUAUGAUUAUCAAGACAACGUAUUCAACACUUCAGCAUAUCAAUACUGGGCUGAGGUUGGUUCUGAUGGUCAUAUCGAAAUAGAUCGUGUCAAAGAAGGAGACUACCGCUUGACUGUCUACGCAGAUAACAUUUUUGGCGAUUUUGUUCAAGAGAAUAUCACUGUAACCGCCGGUCAAACAACGAAGAGUGGUAUUAUUGCGUGGGAGGCUGAAUCUGCCGGGACAGAGCUCUGGCGCCUAGGAGUUCCUGACAAGUCAGCUGGAGAGUAUAAACACGGAUAUCAGCCUGAUCCUGAUCACCCCUUGCACCCUCCACAAUACAGAAUCUACUGGGGAGCGUAUGAUUUCGUGGACGAGUUCCCCCAAGGGGUCAAUUUCAAGAUUGGGGAAAGUCAAGAAUCGGUCGAUUUCAACUAUGUCCACUGGAGCGUUUUCGGGGGGAGUCUCACAAGGCCUGCAGUUGUUGCUGCCUCGACUGUCAACAACUGGACCAUAACUUUCGAUGUGGAACCAGAAGAUCUAACAGGUACAAGCAAUGCUACUUUCACCGUACAGUUGGCUGGAGCUUCCACUGCUGCGGGGAAUACGGACGUAUAUAGCAAUACCACCAAAUAUUCGAAUUUACCUUAUGUCGUAGUGAUCAAUGGGAAAGAGCUGGACCCUUGGUACUACCGAUCCUCCUCUUGUGCUAUACGAAGCGGUAUAACUUGCUAUCAAAAUGCCCACAAAUUCCAGUUUCCAGCCACCUAUCUGUGGACCAAUGCCACAAACGAACUCGUCUUGAGCCUACCUUUCAACGCUACAAGCAUAUCAGUAAUGUAUGAUGCGCUGCGACUCGAAGUUCAGUAG